CUCACUUCUCCACCAGCACUGUUAUUGUGAUGAGCUCUAUUUAAAUGAGCUGCCGGAUCGGGGCAGGUUCCAGCCACACAUGAGCACUGUCAUUUUGGGGAACAUGGAGGGCUGAAGGAUUUCUGUGGAUCAAGUCUUAAAAGCCUGAGAGUGAUGGCCUCCCGAGCUGUGAGCUGUGCAGAGGGCGACAGAGCUAGUUCCUGAAAGUUGAAAAUCUCGUUUUCUUCCUUCUGAGCUUCUAUUCAGAGGCACCCAGAGGAUUAGGAAGGAGAUGCAGCUAGGAAGAGAGUCGCCUCUUUGAGGUCUCCCUCUUGCUGUUCAGUUUGGGAAAAUUGCUGCAGAGACUUGGAGAUAAACAGGAACAGGAGGAGUCAACCUUGCUCUUUCUUGCAGGAGCAUCUCAGAGCUCAUCUCCUGUCCUGGAUGUCAACGAGUGUAUCUUACCAGAGAUGUAACUGAACAUAUUUUCCUUCAGUACUUUCCUCCUGGGCAACCCACAAUGGCCAGGAACUGCUCUGAAUGCAAGGAGAAGAGGGCAGCGCAUAUCCUCUGCACCUACUGCAACCGCUGGCUGUGCAGCUCCUGCACAGAGGAACACCGGCAUGUCCCAGCCCCAGGGGGCCCACUCUUUGCACGGGCACAGAAAGGAUCCUCAGGGGUGAAUGGUGGCUCUGGGGACUUCGCCUUGUACUGCCCUCUGCACACACAGGAAGUGCUGAAGCUCUUCUGUGAGACAUGUGAUGUGCUUACAUGCCACAGCUGCCUGAUGGUGGAGCACAAAGAGCACAGGUGCAGACAUGUUGAAGAAGUUCUACAAAACCAGAGGAUGCUUCUGGAAAGCGUGACCACGCAGGUGGCACAUAAGAAAUCCAGCCUGCAGACAUCUGCGAAGCAAAUUGAGGACAGGAUUUUUGAAGUGAAACAUCAGCAUAGGAAGGUGGAAAACCAGAUCAAAAUGGCCAAGAUGGUCCUGAUAAAUGAGCUGAACAAACAGGCCAACGGGCUCAUAGAGGAACUUGAGGGCAUCACUAACGAGAGAAAACGGAAGCUGGAGCAGCAGCUACAGAGCAUCAUGGUCCUCAACCGGCAGUUUGAGCAUGUGCAGAAUUUCAUCAACUGGGCUGUCUGCAGCAAGACCAGUGUCCCUUUCCUUUUCAGCAAAGAGCUGAUUGUGUUCCAGAUGCAGCGGCUGCUGGAGACGAGCUGUAACACAGAUCCCGGCUCUCCCUGGAGUAUCAGAUUCACCUGGGAGCCCAACUUCUGGACCAAGCAGCUGGCUUCCCUUGGCUGCAUAACCACUGAGGGCGGGCAGCUGUCCCGGGCAGAUGCUGUAGCCACUUAUGGGAGCUUACAGGGGUCAUCCUCCUUGUAUCAGGGCCACCAGGCCCCCAUGGCUCAGCAGGAGUCUCUCAGCCACCCUGCACACAAGUUCCAGCCUCCAGCACUGUGCUCCUCGUCUGUCUGCUGCUCCCACUGCUCCCCAGUCUCACCUUCCCUCAAAGGCCAGGUCGCCCCACCCAGUAUCCACCCAGCUCACAGUUUCCGGCAGCCCUCUGAAAUGGUGCCCCACCAGCUGGGGGCGCUGCAGUGUUCCACCCUGCUGCCCAGGGAGAAAGAGCUGGCCUGCAGUCCCCAUCCACCAAAGCUGCUGCAGCCCUGGUUAGAACCACCGCCUCCCGCAGACCAGGAGAGUACAUCCCAGCGGCCAGGACAGCAGCUGAUUUCCCAGCCUGUGUGCAUCGUCCCUCCGCAAGACGUUCAGUCGGGAGCUCACGCCCAGCCCGCCAUACAGACACCCUCCAUCCAAGUUCAGCUGGGCCACCACCAGAAGCUGAAGCUCGGCCACUUUCAGCAGCAGCCACAGCAGCAGCCACCGCCCCCACCUCCACCUCCUCCACCCACCCAGCAUGCACCGCCACCCUUGCCUCCAUCCCAGCACCUGGCUUCCAGUCAACACGAGAGCCCUCCUGGGCCUGCCUGUUCUCAGAAUGUGGACAUCAUGCAUCACAAGUUUGAGCUGGAGGAGAUGCAGAAGGACUUGGAACUCCUCCUGCAGGCUCAACAGCCCAGCCUGCAGCUGAGUCAGACCAAGUCUCCUCAGCAUCUACAGCAAACCAUCGUGGGGCAGAUCAACUACAUUGUCAGGCAGCCAGCACCUGUCCAGUCCCAGAGCCAAGAGGACUCCCUGCAGGUUACAGAGGAGCCACCAGCACCUGAAGGCCCAAAGCCAGCUCUACCCCUCGACAAGAACACUGCUGCGGCCUUGCCUCAGACAUCCGGGGAAGAAACUCCUCACAGUGUCCCCCCAGUGGACAGCACCUCCCAGCACUCCUCUCCAAAUGUGGUGAGAAAGCACUCCUCCUCGGUGAGCAUCAUGGGCUUUUCCAACACUUUGGAGAUGGAGUUGUCAUCUACCAGGCUGGCGAGGACCAUAGAGCCACAGAUCCAUAGGGUGAGCAGCCUGACAGCCGGCCCCACCCACACAAUUCCGAACCUGCUGAGUGGCCCACCACAAACCGUGUCCAGUCUGAUGAGCGUCUCAAACCACGCCGCGCCGAGCCCAGCCAGUCACCUGCAACCCGUGCCAAACCUUGUGCGAGGCUCAUUCCAGUCCUUGCCCAACCUGAGGGGCGAUUGUUCUCAGGCCAUUACAAGCCUGGCAAGCAACCACUCACAGGCUGGGCCCAGCCUAAUGUCCGGACACACCCAGGCUGCACCGAGUCUGGCCACUUGUCCUCUGCAGGGCAUGCCUCCGGUUUCUGACACACAUCUGGAGACUAGAUCAGCUUCCAGUUCUGGCUCUGGCCAAACUGCAGAGAGCCUGGGCCCCAAGGAUGGGGCUGAGUCCUUCAUGGGGAAUGCCCAGUGUAAGGUGGAAAGUGAGGACAGCUCUCGCUUCACAGACUCAGUAGGAAAAGGCCCUGCAGCCUCCAGUCUGGAUGUUCCCAAGGAUUUGGCUAUUCCCUCAGAACUGGAGGAACCAAUUAACCUUUCUGUGAAAAAACCUUUCCUGGCACCAGUGACCAACACAUCUACUGCUCUUCAACAGUACCAGCGGCCAAAAGAAUAUGAGAAUUUUGAACAAGGAGCCCUAGAGCCGGAUACAAAAGAGAAUCCAAGCAUCAGAGCCAUCAGUAGUGAGCCCAAGAUCCCUUAUGUGCGACUGGAGCGGCUCAAGAUCUGUGCGGCCUCAUCAGGAGAGAUGCCUGUGUUUAAGCUCAAGCCGCAGAACAGGCAGGACGGGAGCUUCCUGCUGGUGAUUGAGUGUGGCGCUGAGUCCUCCAGCAUGUCCAUUAAGGUCAGCCAGAACAGCCUGCCUGAUGCCACCCAAGGCCCAGGGCUGGGGGGAAGAAAGGUCACUGUCACAUCUCUGGCUGGGCAGCGGCCACUGGAGGUGGACAGUGCAUCUUCUGAAGAACAGAGACUCGUUCCCCGAACUCUUGGAUCCAAGAAGUGCACCCCAGCCCCCAUCGAGAAUGAGGACUUCUGUGCUGUGUGCCUCAAUGGCGGGGAGCUGCUGUGCUGUGACCGCUGCCCCAAAGUAUAUCACCUUUCCUGCCAUGUGCCAGCCUUGCUUAGCUUCCCGGGGGGAGAGUGGGUGUGCACCCUGUGCCGCAGCCUGGUGCAGCCCGAGAUGGAGUACGAUUGUGAGAACGCCCGCUACAGUCAGCCUGGAGUGCGGCCACCUCCCGGCCUGAGCGUGCAUGACCAGAAGAAGUGUGAGAAGCUGGUCCUGUCUCUGUGCUGCAACAGCCUCAGCCUGCCCUUCCACGAACCAGUCAGCCCUCUGGCCAGGCAUUAUUACCAGAUUAUCAAGAGGCCCAUGGACCUAUCGAUUAUCCGGAGGAGGCUGCAAAAGAAGGACCCAGCUCACUAUACCACUCCAGAGGAAGUAGUAUCCGACGUGCGCCUCAUGUUCUGGAAUUGUGCUAAGUUCAAUUAUCCCGACUCGGAGGUUGCGGAGGCUGGUCGCUGUCUGGAAGUAUUCUUUGAGGGCUGGCUAAAGGAGAUCUACCCAGACAAAUGCUUUGCCCAGUCCCAGCAAGAGGACUCAGACUCUGAGGAUGUAUCUGGCGAGAGUGGCUGUUCCACCCCGCAGGGCUUCCCGUGGCCUCCCUACAUGCAGGAAGGCAUCCAGCCCAAGAGGCGGCGGCGGCACAUGGAGAAUGAAAAGACAAAGAAAAUGCCGUUUCGUCUGGCCAACAGCAUCUCGCAGGUGUGAGAGCCGGAAGGAGGCGGGCAUGCAGGUGGCCGACGUCCCACCUUCUCGCCCAUCCCUCCCCACCCUUCAGCUUUUCCUCUCCAGGGUGUGGCUGUGAGAUGAGCCUUGUUGAAUGGGUCACGCUCCCUUCACCAUUUGCAUCUCUAGCAUUUAUCCGGGAGCCAUAGUGUAUCCCCCAUAAAGAAAUUUCAGGAGAACAGGGAAGAGGGAGGCCUUCCUCAUUCCAUGCCUCUUGCGGCUCAGGAGGACCUGGCCGACUCCGCUUACCUCUCAGCAGCCAGGGUGCGGGAGCACCGCACUGUGUGUGUCUGAACUCCUGGUUUAGAAGCGGGUACACGAAACGAGGCGAGGUUUGGAUGUAUGGCAGGUGUGUGACCCCUGUCCCAGCACAGCCAAAGACUGUCACUGUUUGCCUUUGUGUCCUGUUGGGACAGAGGCAUCUGCCACCGGCAGAACAGUGGAGGCUUCUCGAGGCCUCAAUUGGUGCCUAUUUGGGUUCUAACGGUUUUCAGGGUAUUUGCUUCCCAUGCCCCCUUUCCCGAGUAGGAGUUAGGUGGUCACUGUGAAGUGCUAUGUGUGGCUGGCACUCUCGCCUGAGUUAGGUGGCUGUGCAGAGACCAGAUUUCACUCACACUCAGACGGUGCCAGCUUCAGAGUCUGUCCCUCUGUGUCCUGACUCUGGGCUCGUAGCACCUGAGAAGCUACCUUCUCAGAAGUGGCCACUGUGUAUGUCACGGUUCUUCCUCAAUCGCCUCUGUCCUACAUCUGCAUCUUGGGUUUUACCUGGGAGAAGUGAGGUGGCGUCGGCUGCUGGUACAGGUUCCCUAGCCAGAACAGACCACAGCCGGUGUGCUGUGCGGGGCCUCUUCUCCUGCCCAAGUUCUACUUCUCUGCUUUCUCGCACAACCAAAGAUCAGAACUGUUUCCUCGCUGCUCACAGCCCAGAAGCAGCCAACACACGGUCACCCUUUCUUGUCGGAGCCUGGAGAAGACCGUGGUGACGGAUGGGACUCAUUCCUGGGCUAAGGGCAGAGAAGGAGGAUAUUGAGAGGUGACCCUAGGUAACUCUAGAGUCGCAGUUUUCACAGAAUGCAGGAAGGCGUUCUGGAAGCCCUGGGAAUAGAGCUGUGUACUGUAGAUCCUCUGUAGAUGGAUCUCCACGGUGUAGGCAGAGUGUCUGAGAAGAAUCUACAGGGCCAGGCUUCUGCCUAGACAAGGCCUUGGUUGAGUAAGGACCUGUUGAUUAUAUUGCUGGUGGAGAUGGCAUCUUAGUAGCCUGGUCCUGAGGCACAGCAUGGUUGAUUUCAGGGGACUUUUAGGCUGUGACUUUGGUUUUGUGAAAGUUUAAGGAAGUGAUUAUUCAUAAGGCUUUUUUAUUUUUAUUUUCAUUUAUUUAUUUAUUUAUUUAUUUAUUUAUUUAUUUAUUUAUUUAUUUAUUUAUUUAUUUAUUUAUUUAUUUUUGCUGGGAAGCAAGGUUCUUUUCACCAGAAAGCUUUUCUUCUCUCCCUGUCAGUCAACAAAAGCACUCAGUCCCUCUGCACUUGACUGAGGGAAAGCUUCACUUCGAAGCCCCGCCCACUGCCUUGUCUUUCAGCAGCAUGGCAAGCUCUCUUCAGUAAAUGGGCUUCCAUUCCUGCUGUCUGGCUCCAGGCAGCUGAAUCUUCUUCAGUUCGUUUCCAGUCAGGUAACCUUUGAACACAGGCUUUGCUCCUUAUGUUCACAAGAUCUUUGUUGGGCUCUUCUAUUUCUCUUUGGAUUUUGCAUCUUUUUCUCUGAUUGGCCUGGUGAGCUUCCUUCUUUUCAUACGUCUCUAAUUUCUGCUUUGGGGAUCUUUCCUUUUGUGGCCCGUAUUCCAUACUUCACAGUGUUCGGCCCUGGAAAACCACUGAACACUGUGAUAGCCUGAAACCUAAUGGCCUUGACUGGAUCAGCUGUAGACUGUGCCCGUGACAUGGAAAUGCGUGGUUCAAAGCCUUGCUUUCCCUCUCCUGGUGCAGCUUGUCGCUUGUGUCCUGUCAGAACAAGGAUCAGCUUCUGGGCCCAGAGAUCUUGCAAAUGUGGUUGGCAGGCCUCUGUUCUCUUUCCACUACAGAGCCCCUCUGUGCUGAGAGGCUCCCUCUGAGCCUGUGAACAGGGCAGACAGGAAAAAGGGAUGACUUUUCCUUCAAGGAGGUGAGUCCCUGGCCCACCGUUCCUUCCCUACACUGACUAGCCCAUGGAAUUUCCCCUGGAACCAAGUUUUUAAAGUUAUCUUAAAUUUUUUUUUGCAUGCAAAAAAAAAAAA